CGCCUGCGCACUAUCCAAAUCCGGAGUUGUCACGUGUCCAAACAAACGUUGCUGCUCAAAGUUUGUUCCGGUGUUUCCUCCGUGUCUAUCCAUGAAACAGCUGCAGAUGUUCAGGAUCAAUGGCGUCCAGUGUCACCGAGUGGAUCACAUCGGGUUUCAACAUCAUUCUGUCUGCCACUGCUCUGUUCUCUUCUUAUAAACUCUUUAAGAACCACAGGGGUCCUUCAGUCGGCCUCUUCCUGCUCGGCCUCUCUGCAGCUCUUUGCCUCUUUCCUUCCUCCGGUUCAAACCUCAGCUCCUUCCAGAGAGAAGCCGUGUGGGCCGGAGAGCUCCUGGCUCCGGCGCUGGUCUCCUUCGACUUCUUGUGGCUCAGCCAAGACCACAACACGGCUCACAUCCUGCUGUGUGGCUCCUGCCUGCUGCUCGGCCUCUCCGAUUGGCUCUCAGCGGACUCCCUGACCGCCAUGACUCGCUGCCUCGGCCUGUCGUCUCUGUCCUGCAGCCUGACGGUGUGUCUGUUUGCCGGUAACGCUUUAGGGGCUUUGGGCGGCGUGGCCCUCAGCCUGCCUUUAUUCGUUGCCCCGGCGAACUCUUUAGCUCCGCUCGUUUCUGCAGCUGCCAGGGAAGGACUGAUGGAGUGGAUUUUAAAAGGCUCGCUGUCAAUAGGCUGCUGGGCCUCAACGCAGGCUCUGGGGAAAUAUCUGUUGGAUGUGAAUGAGCGAUACGACAUUUAACCAAGUGACAAAUGCAGAAGUUUAGUGUGCCGAUUAACCCAAAAUAUAAGCUGGUUUCACUUUAGAUGGCAGCUGUGUUACAUGGAUUGGACAUGUGGCUGCUGACAACAAGACAAAAAGUGGAUCUGGAGGCAUCUGAGUGGAAGAUGUUCAGAUCUGGAGGGAUGAGGAUCAGGAAUAAGCUGAGGCUGGACAGUUUAUGUGCCAAUGAGAUAUGCUAAAUGUUUUGGGAGUGGUAAAAAUGGAGCUGCUGACGAUUAGCUGGUUUCACAAAUGUCAAGAAUUCAGUUGAAUUAAAUGUGUUUUAUGAGUUUUAAACAGAUGAUCUGACAAACAAAGAAAAUUGUUUGAUGUUUAAGAAAGUUUAAUCUCUGAGAAAUGGUGAUUUCCAUUCCAUUUCCUGACAUUUAAUAAGCUAAAUAACUAAUCUAACAAAUAUCUGAUGGAUAGGUUGUGCCACACCAGUUUGGAGCUAACGGAGAAAAUACUGACAUUGUAACAUUUCUGCAAUAUUAGGAAUACAGGAAUUUUCACUGGAUGACUUGAAUAAAACUAUUGGGAGAGAAUUUAU